ACAAAAAUAAACCUGUUCAAGGGCGACUCCGUCCGUAUUGACUCUGAAGUCUCCUUUCAUCGAAUCCAACACCUGUGAAGCAACUGUUUGGAGAGAGCCUCAACUUUUCCGGCUUUUCUCUUUUCCUGUUUGUUUCCCAUCGCUUUUCAUUUUAAUCGAUAUACACUCGUUUCUGUAUACUAAUGUACACUCGCUACGCGUAAUUGUUGCUUGUUGCUGUGGGAGAUAAUUCGUAACAUCGUUGUCGAAACACAAAGCGAUAGAAAUCAGGGGAACCACCUUUUCGCUCGUUGUAAAAAGUUUUGCUGAACUUUUCCCGAAUCCGAAUCGACCUAUCUUUCUUAAAGCACACGAAGCGUCGAGCGGCGCUGAACAAAUUCUACUGAGUCGUCAGUCCAUCGAUAGGCGCCAGCCUUUGGCCCUUGAUCCAACAUGGCUCUCAACCUCCCAUCGAUGGGCGGCAGCGGAGGGGCCCAUACGCAACCAUCGUUGCCCUCUCUGCCCGCCCAUCUCCAAUCCGAUACACACCUGACCGCACAUCUCGCUAGUCGUUUCCAUGUUGCCAUCCCGACAGCUCGUCUAUCCUCCCAUGCCCUCAUCUCCCUAAACACCUAUACCUCGUCAACCAAGGGCCUCGAUGGGGGUAAGGAAGGGAGCGCCAUGGCCGGCGCUGAAGAUAUGGCCGACAGAGCUUUUCUCAGGUUGGGACAUCGCACUGAAAACCAGGCGAUUAUAUUCCUGGGAGAAUCCGGCUCUGGUAAAACCACCAUCCGAUCUCAUCUGCUAACUUCGCUCCUAAAUAAGUCUUCUACGCCGUUGUCGAGCAAGAUCUCUCUUGCCGCGUACGUUUUCGAUACGCUUACUACCACGAAGACGGCGACAACACCAACCGCUUCCAAGGCUGGUCUAUUCUACGAACUCCAAUACGAUACCGCCUCGACCACCAACCCUCUACUAAUUGGUGGUAAGUUAUUGGAUCAUCGUCUCGAGCGAAGUAGAAUUACCGAUGUGCCAACCGGAGAGCGUAACUUCCACGUCUUAUACUACCUUCUCUCCGGAACUAGUGAGGCAGAGAAGACGCAUUUAGGUAUUGAUACGCCAAGAGAUGCAGCAGGGCAGAGACGAUGGAAAUAUUUGGGCCAUCCUACCCAGCUAAAGGUCGGUAUCAACGAUGCUGAAGGCUUUCAGCUUUUCAAGACGGCCUUGCGAAAGUUGGAGUUUCCGAGAAGUGAAAUCGCCGAGGUUUGUCAGAUAUUGGCAUGUAUCUUACACAUUGGACAACUCGAAUUCGAAACGACCUCGAACACCACCGCUACGGGGGAUGACAGCGGCGGUUUCUCUCAUGAAGGAGGCCAGACUAUCACGGCUGCGCGAAACAAGGACGUGUUGGGAAUUAUCGCCGCUUUCCUUGGUGUCAGCUCCCAAGAUCUUCAGAACACGAUGGGAUACAAGACCAAGAUGAUCCAUCGCGAACGCGUGACGGUUAUGUUAGACCCCAACGGUGCCCGCGCUAACGCCGACGAGCUAGCCAGGACGUUGUAUUCACUUCUCGUCGCAUACGUGAUUGAGAAUAUUAAUCAGAAGAUAUGCGCGCCGGAGGAAUCGAUUGCAAACACCAUCAAUAUCAUUGAUUUCCCCGGUUUCUCCCAGCAGUCUUCUACUGGCUCUGCUCUUGAUCAGUUACUCAACAAUGCUGCCGUCGAGUCUCUCUACAACCUAACUCUUCAAAACUUCUUCGAUAGAAAGGCCGAUAUGCUAGAUACCGAAGAGGUCACCGUUCCUGCGACAAGCUACUUUGACAACUCAGAUGCUGUGAAGGGACUUCUUAAGCCUGGGAACGGCCUGCUAAGUAUUUUAGACGAUCAGACAAGGCGACACAGGACGGAUAUGCAGUUUCUAGAAAGCUUGAGGAAGCGCUUCGAGGGCAAGAACCCAGCUAUUAAUGUGGGUUCUGCGACAGCCAGACUGCCCGGAAGUAAUUUCAUGUCAGAGAAUACGGCAGCCACCUUCGCUGUGAAACAUUUCGCCGGUGAAGUCGACUACCCCAUCAAAGGACUGGUCGAAGAGAAUGGUGAAGUCAUUUCCAGCGACGUCAUGAACUUGAUCAAGUCCAGCAAGAGCGAAUUCGUCACUCGUCUUUUCGGCCAAGAGGCUCUCCAAACAGUUAUGCAUCCUCAAGAAAGGACUACUGUUAUGCAAGCAUCUGUGAGCUCCAAGCCCAUGCGAGCGCCCAGUGUCAUGUCAAGGAAGACUGGCCGCAACAUGGGAUCUCGAAGAUUUCGCCGACAAGAUUCUGUGGACGACUUCGGUGGCAGCGAGGCAGGAGAUAGAGAGAGAGGAGAGAGCCGUGCAAGGGGCGAGCCGAGGAAAUCCAGUAUGCACCAUUCAGAACAGGGAGCAUCUGGUCAGUUCUUGUCUUCACUUGAAAAUGUGAAACAAGCAAUUACUGCGCCAAAUACCAAUGCCUACUUCGUAUUCUGUCUCAAACCAAACGAUAGAAGGAUUGCGAACCAAUUCGACAGUAAAUGUGUUCGUACCCAAGUACAGACGUUUGGUAUUGCUGAGAUAAGUCAACGGCUAAGGUCGGCUGACUUCAGCUUAUUCUUACCCUUUGGCGAGUUCUUAGGCCUUAAUGACGCCGAGGCUAUCCUCGUCGGCAGUGAGCGAGAAAAGGUCGAAGCCGUAAUCCAAAACAAACAAUGGCCGAGUAAUGAAGUGCAAGUCGGUUCCACCGGUGUGUUCCUGAGCGAGCGCUGCUGGUUGGAGAUUGCGCAGUUGGGUGAUGGUUCGUCCAACCGUUAUGCGUCUGAUGCUGGGGACGGAUCAACUCCCGGCGAGUUGCCAUUCGGAGCUUCGAAGGAACGGUUAGUCAUGGGUAAUGCACAGUACACGGAUAAAUCUCGAGGCGGGUACUUCGGCAGCAAUGAUAUUGAUGCCCGUUCUGAUGCUGGCGCUUCGGCCUUCGGAGCCGGCGACAUGUUCAAGAAUCUGGACACCAGAGAACAGAUGGCCGAACGUGGCAACGAGAAGUCACUAGUAGAAGUAGAAGAGUUCAAGGACAGCCCUAGUCGAAAACGAUGGGUGUUCAUGGUCAUGGUCAUGACCUGGUUUAUUCCCGACUUUCUCAUCCGCUGGAUGGGUAGGAUGCCUCGCAAGGAUGUCCGACAGGCCUGGCGAGAAAAGUUGGCUAUCAAUAUGAUGAUUUGGCUCAGUUGUUUAAUCGCCGCCUUUUUCAUCGUCGUCUUCCCUCAGGUCAUUUGCCCGAAGCAGUACGUUUUCAGUUCCGAAGAACUUUCGGCCUAUAACGGCAAGGAUGGAAACUCUGCCUACGCCUCCAUCCGCGGUCAGGUUUUCGAUAUCUCCAGUUAUGCUCCUGCUCACUAUCCUCCUUACCUUGCUACCAAGUCCUUGACUCAAUAUGGUGGACUGGAUAUUACUUCCUUGUUCCCAGUCCAGGUAUCAGCUUUGUGCAAGGGCAAAGACGGAUCAGUGAAUCCUGCUGUCACGUUAGAUUACAAGUCGACAAACGUCAGUGGUUCAGCUAGUGUCGUUAGCAGCCAGGACCUCAACGCCCAUUACCAUGACUUCCGCUCCUUCACCGAUCUGCCUCAACCUUUCUGGUUCUAUGAAAAGAUGCAAAUCUUGAAGUCAUGGAAGAAGGGCACAAUCGGUUACUCGGCACAAUAUGUCGCUACCCUCGGGACUAAGCAAAACUCCAUCGCUAUUCUAAAUAAUCGUGUGUACGAUCUUACCAAGUAUCUCGUUGGUGGCCGCCACGUCGUUGUUAAAGAGGGCGAAGACAUGCCAACCGAUCCUGAUAUUGUCAACUUCAUGGAUAACCUGGUUGUAGACCUUUUCCAGCAGAAGGCCGGUUCUGAUGUGACCAAGCUCUGGAACGCUCUCGAUAUUGACUCUGGUAUGCGCGAGCGUAUGCAACUUUGUCUCGAUAAUCUCUUCUACGUCGGUGACGUUGACACACGAAAUUCAACUAAGUGUCAGUUUGCUCAAUAUCUCAUUCUCGCCGUUUCUAUCUUGCUUUGCACCAUUAUCGGAUUCAAAUUCUUGGCUGCUCUUCAGUUCGGAGGCAAGAAUGUUCCCGAGAACCUUGACAAGUUCAUCAUGUGCCAAAUCCCUGCGUAUACCGAAGAUGAAGAAUCUUUGCGCCGUGCCAUCGACUCCGCUGCUCGUAUGCGUUACGAUGAUAAGCGCAAACUGCUCGUCGUUAUUUGCGAUGGUAUGAUUAUCGGUCAAGGCAAUGACAGACCAACCCCUCGCAUCGUUCUCGAUAUUCUAGGUGUGUCUGAGACUGUUGACCCCGAGCCUUUGAGCUUCGAAUCUCUCGGUGAGGGUCUUAAGCAGCAUAAUAUGGGCAAAGUUUACUCCGGUCUAUACGAAGUCCAAGGUCACAUUGUCCCCUUCUUAGUCGUUGUCAAGGUUGGCAAGCCGUCUGAAGUCUCCCGCCCUGGAAAUCGUGGUAAGCGAGAUUCGCAGAUGGUCAUGAUGCGUUUCCUCAACCGUGUCCACUACAACUUGGCUAUGAGUCCGCUAGAGCUGGAGAUGUAUCACCAAAUUCGGAAUAUUAUUGGGGUAAACCCCACGUUUUACGAAUUCAUGCUGCAGAUCGACGCUGAUACGGUCGUGGCACCCGAUUCGGCUACUCGCAUGGUUUCUUCUUUCUUGGACGAUACACGGCUGAUCGCUGUAUGUGGUGAAACCGCCCUCACGAACGCAAAGGGUUCCUUCGUUACUAUGAUCCAGGUCUACGAAUACUAUAUCUCGCACAAUUUAGUCAAGGCUUUCGAGAGUUUGUUCGGUAGUGUCACUUGUUUGCCAGGUUGUUUCUCUAUGUACCGCAUCCGCGCGGCUGAGACGGGUAAGCCUCUCUUUGUCAGCCGCGAAGUCGUCGAGAACUACGCUACAAUUCGUGUCGAUACCCUACACAUGAAGAACCUGCUGCAUCUUGGUGAGGAUCGUUAUCUAACGACUCUACUCCUCAAAUUUCACUCAUCAUUCAAGACGAAGUACAUCUUCAGCGCCCACGCAUGGACCAUCGCCCCCGACUCCUGGCAAGUCUUCCUGUCCCAGCGACGUCGUUGGAUUAACUCAACCGUGCACAACUUGGUGGAACUCAUCCCAAUGGCUCAGCUUUGCGGUUUCUGCUGCUUCAGUAUGCGUUUCAUCGUGUUCGUUGAUCUGUUAUCCACUGUUGUCCAGCCCGUAACGAUAGCCUAUAUCGUCUACCUCAUUGUGCUAGUCUGCACCUCGACAUCGGUCAUUCCUAUCACAGCCUUCGUCAUGCUUGGCGCUAUCUACGGUUUACAGGCUAUUAUCUUUAUCCUACGUCGUAAGUGGGAAAUGAUUGGAUGGAUGUUGAUGUAUAUCGUCGCCGUUCCCGUUUUCUCAUUCGCCCUGCCCCUAUAUGCCUUCUGGCACAUGGACGACUUUAACUGGGGUAACACUCGUGUCGUUGCUGGAGAGAAGGGCAAGAAGGUCGUCGUCACAGACGAAGGCAAAUUCGACCCUGCCUCGAUCCCGCGCAAGAAGUGGGAAGAAUACCAGGCCGAGUUAUGGGAGGCUCAGACCAGCCGAGGCGGCGAUGACACUCGCUCUGAGAUCAGUGGCUUCAGUUACGCAACCAAACCUGGCAUGCACCUUGGUGUUGCAGAAUACCAAUACGCAGCGUCGCGUCCAGGAUCAACCACCGGCCAGAUUCCACCAUACGACAUGAAGAAUGCUGGCUACGCGAGUCGCAUGUCUUUCGCCCCUACUGAAAACCGAAUGAGUCAUUUCGGCGGUUCACAGUUCUUCGGCAACCAACACGAUGUAGAGAUGUCCAACCUCGCAGGCAUGCCAAGCGACGAUGCUCUUCUAGCAGAAAUCCGCGAGAUCUUACGUACGGCAGAUCUAAUGACCGUGACGAAGAAGGGCAUCAAGCAGGAGUUGGAGAGGAGAUUUAAUGUUCCCCUCGAUUCCAAGCGAUUAUACAUCAACAGUGCAACGGAGGCGUUGUUGUCGGGACAAUUAUAGAAGUCGGUCGGCACGUAGCGAAAUUUUAUGUCUCUGCAUAUACUCGGGUGGCCAUGUUUUCAUUAAGACUAUAUACAUAAUAUACCACAUUAAAUAUUCUGAAAGGAGAAUGGAGGGGGCAACUCAUCAAACGGGACCAGAAUAUGUCACAUCUAUCUGGGUUUGGACCACGGGAAAUCAUUCGGUGGCAAAGGGAUUUUUCGAAAAGCAAAAAGCUGAAGCUGAAGAAGCCAUAUAUCUAUGUUAUUACUCUUGGGAUGUCAUCUAACGAAGACCAAGUUUGGAAUCCGGUGCCGAAAUUCAUGUUUUUUGUUUCGAGCGCUUUCGCGAAGUAGGUACCUAAUAAUGGAAAUAAUAUUGGGAUAAUCUAUUCCUAUAAUUAUCAUGUUUUUCUGAGAGAUAUGGUUGGUGAUUGAGAUGGUGGGAGUUUUGGAUACCUUGAUUCGAGGGGAGUUGUUCAUGUUGAGUUUCGUGUUCAUCAUCGCUACUUAGCUAUAGUAAAUAUUCAUCGCAAAUAUUCGUUAUUAGGGCUUC